AUGCGGUCCCAGUCCGCGCGUUCCUCAUGCUCCUGGACCUGGGUGGUCGCGGCGCCACUGCUCUCCGCUAUACUGCUCCUCGCGAACCAGCUCGUUCAGGCACCUGAAGCUGGCUCACUCAAGCCGAAAGUGUUCGUUCUGGGACUCUCCAAAACCGGUACCACUUCGAUCGGCGACGCGCUCGAGCUACUUGGUUAUCGUCGCCUGGGAUGGAGAGAUAUCAGGAGUCGCCACAUGGUCCAUAGCUUUGUCAAUGGCGACCAGACGCCACUGGUCGAGCUUACGAGAUACUACGAUGCGUUUGAGGACCUCCCGUGGCCAUUCCUGUACCGCGAAAUGGCAGAGCUUCACCCUGACGCGAAGUUCGUACUGAGUCUCCGGAAAGACGAAGAAACCUGGAUGCGGAGCAUGAAGGCUCAUGUUGGCCGGGGCAGAUGGCUCCCCUACACCCAUUUCUACGGCGCGGACACAUACGAAGGCAAUGAGGAGAUCAUACGACAGUCUUACAGGAACCACACCCAGAACGUGCGAAAUUAUUUCGAGGACAAGCCUCGUCGAUACGUGGAGUUGAGCAUUGACGAUGGGGAUGUGAAUUGGGACGUGCUCUGCCUUGUCGCGCAAUGUCCGACAGGCAAAGUGCCAUCUCUGGCCUUUCCCAAGAGCAACACGGCAGCGUCUUGGGAUGUAGGUUGGCUGUUCAGCAGUCUGCAGUGGCUCUGGGGGUGGACUUUGACGAGACUCGAAGAGCAAACAACUUCAUACUACUACUCCAGUGGCCACACCACGCUCAAACCUCUGCUGAGUCUCUGUUGGUGGAUCUUGGACUUCGUCGAUCGCGCGCACACAGAACUCUACUUUCGGAUCUGGCCCGCUCAACCGCGCAUUACAGUAGCUGACACGUUGGGUGCAUCAACUGUCUGA